AUGAACCGCGAAGCGAUUGCCAGCAUCGUCAGACACCACAUGCCUCCACCAGCAGCACCGACGCCGAAAAAGUGGAAAAAGUCGCUACCUCCCAGCAACGUCGGCAUCUCUCGGUCUGAAUCGGCCAAGCCCGGCAGUGCCAAGACGCAGGCCUUACGGGAGAAGUUCAGCGCCAGCACCAACAACCGCUCGACUUCAUUCCGUCGCUCGCUGCCGUCCAGCACCGGCAGCUCUUCUCUCCGGGCGUCCCCGUCACCGAGCGAACCUUCCAAGCGCCAAAGCAGGGUAUCUGAUCGUUGGCGCCUAAAGGCUAUGGGCCUUGUUACAAUGCCAGAUGGAACCGCUCUGCCGGAAUCGCUCGCCAACUCGAUGCGGUAUGACGGUGCCAGAUACGACGGGUGGGGCUCGUUUGGGCUGGACUCAAAGACACAUCACCGGAGCCGUAGCACGUCUGCAGAUGUCGGGGCCGCCGCCGCUGCUCGCGAGCGCUUCUCGCAAUCUUUCCACAACCGAUCGGCAUCCGAGGCCAAAGGGCCCAGCAGUGCCUCGCCCACCACGAUCAAGCGAAAGAGAUCAGCCGACGACGAGCAGAGCACAUCAGUCGAUAGCGACACGAAGAAGAGGAAGGCAGCCGGCAACGCGGAUCUCGAGCAGAUCCUACGUGACGCCAAGGAGACGCUGAGCGCCUUGAGGAGCUCGAGGAUGGAACUGGACGAGGGCGCUGGCUGGUUCAGGGAGCAGAGCGAGAUGAUGCAGCAGGAGGAGGCGCUGAGCAGGAGGAGCAGCUCGGCAUGGGGCGAGCGGCUAUGA